GUCGGUCGCGUGCACACACACACACACACACAGAGAAAUCUAUUCGCGCGCAUUAGCGCGCACACGCUCUCACACACGGAGACUCAAUUGCUGUCCAAUUUCCCUUCUUUAUCAUCUCCUACCACCGGCCUUUAGCAACAAGAACAACAACAACGUGAAACGGAAAAGGAAAAAAAGAAGAGAGGAUAAACUGAUAAUCAUUACCCGCAUAAUCCCUCGCAAGAAGCCGAAGCAAGGUGGAAUACAUCCAAAGUGAUCGAACUAAAGUUGGCCAAGCUGUGAUGUCUCAGGAUUGAAGGCACUCGAACGUACUGAACUGCCUUUCAGAAGACAAAUGAGGAUGGGAUCCUGGUGAAGAGAAUGCAGCUAGAGAAACAAGUGACUUCUGAGCCUCGCAAAAAUAUGGAGACUGGAGAGCGGUUGGCAUCACCAUCCUCAGCCACCUCUUGUGCACCCUCUACACCCACUGUGUCAGCGGCCUCUAAGGGAAACAUUUCCACUGGGGCAACAACACCGAAUUCCACACUUAGCACCUGUGGACAUUUAUUUAGAACAUCUGGGGAUCAGCCUUUCAAUCUGUCCACUGUAUCAAGUGCCUUCCCAAUGGUCAAUCACCCAGCCUUCGGACUGUACACUACAAGCUCAGGACGUUCUGAAUUUGGAGGCCUGGGAACGCUUGGUGCAUCUACAGCUUUGGCAGCACACUCUCAGCUUGGACCAUUUCCUGAAUGGUGGCGAUCUGAAGCUCAUGCCCGUACAGGGGCAGCAUUCUUCCCCCCGAUUUUGGGAAUCCCACCCCUGUUUGCUGCUUCAAUUCAAAAUCAUGAUUCCACUUCAUUCCAGUCCCUAACAGCAAAUAAGAAUGGAAGAGGAGCCACAAAAGGAAUGAAUGGUGCAAUAAAUGGGAGUAAUAUUACCUCUCCAUCUGGACUGAGCUCUCCGGCAGCAGCUACUGCAGUAUUAAGUUCAUCUGGGCACACAAAAGCAGUAAAUUCUAAUGGAAGAGGCAAAAAAUGUAACCAAGAGCAAAAUAGUCAGCUUCAGGAUAACUCGGCUGAAAAAACGAAAGACAAGAAACUCCAGAAGAAAUCAGUUGACAGCUCUAGUAACAGUGAGAGUGAAUCAGGAUCUUCAUCAGAUACCUCAAGUGAAGGUGUGAGCAGCAGUGAUUCUGAAGAUCUUGAAGAUGACGAUGAUGAAGAUGAUGAUCAAAGUAAUGAGGACAGUGAGGAUGAUGACUCCGACUCCGAAAGUGAUGCUAGAGCAAAAGAAAAGGCAAAGGUCUUGAUACAAACUAUUAAUGAAGCCAAAAAAGAUGGGAAAGUGGCCGACAGUAAAGAAGCCCAGGACAAAAAGACUAAUUCACAGCUCCAGUUUGUCGGUGAUCUGCAGUCUAAGCCUGCUUUCCAUUCCCAGCAGAAAGCACACCAGGGCAUUUCGCAGCAUCUCCCCCUUGUUUUCCAAAGCUCUCAGGCCAAGGAGGAAGCUGUGAAGAAACACCUGAGUGUCAUUCAUUCCACAGGGAUUGCAACAUCUGCCAAACCUCUGGCUCUGGUCACUCAGCCAAGAAGGGAUUCUUCAACCAAGAUGCUCACACCAUCACCUGAAAUUCCCAAAGCAGGAAGUAAAAACAUAAUGGAGGAAGCUGGAUCACAGGCUAAUGAUAUUCAUUUGAAACAGGAGCUGUUUAAACAUACAUUUUCUGGUCAAGCAAGAAAACAGCAAGAACUGUACAAGAACCAGAAAAAAGUGACUUCCUCCUUGACCAGCCCUUCUCCCAGUCCCACCACAGAUUAUUCAGGCAACCAGAAACUGACCUCAGCAAACAGUUCUCAUGCAAAUAUCUUCCUCUCCAAUACUCUUCUGGGGCACCCCCAACCAAAUGGGGUGAUUCAGAGUACUAUACAGGAGGCACCCUUAGCUCUUACCACUAAAUCUCGAAGUCAUUCAAAGACCAAUGACAAACCAGUUUUGAAUUCCAAUAGUGUGUCAUUCUCCUCACCAGUAAACUUGAGUACAAGUGUGAAGAAUCAUUCCAGUCAUCAGAUGUUGCUAAACAGACCGUCUACCUCUCCAGCAUUAUCCCAGCUAGCUGGAAAAGAUAAACUAGUAGGUGCUAGGAUCCCUCCAACAAGAAUGCCUUCUUCUCAGAGUCAGCUUAUUCAGCCUUUGGCAGAUCAUUUCAGGGGAACAGAGUCCGACAUUCCCAGCAGUAAGGAAUCUGAUGACUCAGUUGAAGAAGAGGAAGAAGAAGAAGAUGAUGAUGAUGAAGAUGAUGAUGAAGAUGAAGAAGAUGAGGAUUCAGAUGACAGUCAAUCUGAAUCUGAAAGCAAUUUUGAGACUGAUUCGGAUGUUUCAGAUGAUGAUAAGGACCAGGAUGAGACUGAAACAGAUACAGAAGGAGAGAAAACAAUGCUGAACCUCAACAAAACUGCCCCACUGUUAAAUGCGUCCUCUAACCUCUCUGUUAACUGCACACCACUGAACCUCCAAGUGAUUAAAGCGCCGAACUCGGCUCCACCUUCCUUAUUAAUUGGCGGUGGAUCAUCAAACUAUCACAGUACUCCUUCCUCCUCAUACUCACCUCUGACACCUCUGGGAUCCUCAAAAAGGAAAAGAGUAACCGAUGAGCAGGAGCUUCGGAUUCCCCUAGAAUAUGGAUGGCAGAGGGAAACAAGGAUACAAAACUUUGGAGGACGUCUGCAAGCGGAGGUGGCCUAUUAUGCACCUUGUGGGAAAAAAUUACGGCAAUAUCCAGAGGUAGUAAAGUAUCUAACAAGGAACAGAAUAACGGACAUCACACGAGAUAAUUUUAGCUUCAGUGCAAAAAUAAGGGCUGGUGACUUCUAUGAAGCCAGAGAUGGACCUCAGGGUAUUCAAUGGGCAUUAUUGAAAGAAGAAGAAAUUGUCCCCUGCAUACGUGCGAUGGAAGGCAGAAGAGGACGACCCCCAAAUCCCGAACGGCAGCGUUCAACCGAUGGAUCUCGAAUGAGGCGUAGAAAAGGGCGGCCUCCCAACGUAGGCGCAUUCGAGUUUCCCAGUGCUACAGAUGCUAAACUCAUCAGAAAACUGGAGGCUCAAGAAAUUGCAAGGCAGGCAGCCCAGAUAAAACUAAUGCGAAAACUUGAAAAGCAAGCUUUAGCACGUGCUGCUAAAGAAGCAAGGAAACAACAAGCAAUCAUGGCUGCUGAAGAAAAGAGAAAACAAAAAGAGCAAAUCAAGAUUUUAAAGCAACAGGAGAAAAUAAAAAGAAUCCAACAGAUAAGAAUGGAAAAAGAGCUAAGAGCUCAGCAAAUUCUUGAGGCUAAAAGGAAAAAGAAAGAAGAAGCUGCAAAUGCCAAAAUUUUGGAAGCUGAGAAAAGAACAAAGGAGAAAGAAAUGAGGAGGCAACAAGCUGUACUUUUAAAGCAUCAGGAGUUGGAGAGGCAUAGACUAGAUAUGGUAUGGGAACGUGAAAGGAGAAGGCAGCACAUGAUGCUAAUGAAAGCUAUGGAAGCUCGAAAAAAAGCCGAGGAGAAGGAGAGAUUAAAACAGGAAAAGAGAGAUGAAAAACGGUUAAAUAAAGAGAGGAAACUGGAACUGAGGAGACUUGAAUUGGAAAUUGCUAAAGAGCUGAAGAAGCCAAAUGAAGACAUGUGUUUAUCAGACCAUAAGCCUCUUCCUGAGUUACCUCGAAUUCCUGGACUUGUGCUUUCUGGAAGCACCUUUUCUGAUUGUUUAAUGGUGGUGCAGUUCCUCCGUAAUUUUGGGAAGGUUCUUGGGUUUGACAUCACAGUUGAAGUUCCCAGUUUAAGUGUGCUCCAGGAAGGAUUACUCAAUGUUGGAGAGAGCAUGGGAGAGGUGCAAGAUUUGCUAGUGAGGUUGCUGUCUGCUGUGGUGUGUGAUCCAGGCCUUCCUCCAGGUCAUCGUGCAAAAACAGCUUUUGGUGAUCAUUUAACAAACAUUGGGAUUAAUCGGGACAAUGUGUCAGAGAUUCUGCAGAUUUAUAUGGAAGCACAUUGCGGCCAGACUGAACUGACAGAGAGCUUGAAGACCAAAGCAUUCCAGGCACACACACCAUCACAGAAAGCAUCCGUGCUGGCCUUUCUUGUAAAUGAGCUAGCAUGCAGCAAAUGCGUGGUGAGUGAAAUCGAUAAAAACAUCGAUCAUAUGUCAAAUUUAAGGAGGGACAAGUGGGUAGUUGAAGGUAAACUACGCAAGCUAAGAAUAAUACACGCAAAGAAAACCGGCAAGAGGGACACAAGUAUAGGCACUGAGGGAAGCGAAGAGCAGCAGUCCUUGGGCACUUCCACUCCAGGGCGCAAGCGGAAACGGAAAGGCGGGGACAGUGAUGACGACGACGAUGAUGAUGAUGACAGUGAUGAACCAGGAGAUGAAGAAGAGGAUGAAGAGGAUGAUAAAAAAGGAAAGAAAGUUGAAACGUGUGACGAUGAGGAUGAUGGUGACCAGGCUGUUACUGUUGAAGAACUAGAAAAGCAAAUCGAUAAGCUGAUGAAGCAACAGAGCCAGUUUCGAAGGAAACUCUUUGAAGCUUCACAUUCACUACGGUCAAUGAUGUUUGGUCAGGAUCGGUAUAAACGACGGUACUGGGUUUUGCCUCAGUGUGGUGGCAUUUUUGUGGAAGGGAUGGAGAGUGGAGAAGGUCCGGAGGAACUUGCAAAGGAGCGGGAGAGAUUAAAGAAUGAUGCUGAAAUUCAGAUCAAAGAAGAGCCCCCAGAGUUAAGUGAAGAAAAACCUCAUAACCUUGAACUCGGUAUAAAUAUCAGCAGCGUGGAGGACGUGAAGGAAAAAGACAACCCUAACCUUUUUCUCCAAAAGCCUGGCUCCUUCUCUAAACUCAGCAAACUGUUAGAAGUUGCAAGAAUGUCACCGGAGUCUGAUAUUGUGCCCCAGAAACAAAAUGGCAGUCAUGCUAGCAUCCCCACAACAGUGCCAUCUCCAAGUCAUACAAAUUCUCAGCAUGCACUGUCCAGCUCACAGUCGGGAGUUCUUCAGGCAUGUCCAGAUUCAAAGCUUGACUCUAGUAGCAAUUUUUUCAGUCCUUUAAACAGCCCAGGGAAACUGUUUAAUUCUCCACUCCUUCCAAAUGACCAACUUUUAAGAGUAUUGACGGAAAAAACUGGGCAGUGGUUUAGCAUUUUGCCAAGGACGCCUUGUGAUAACUCUUCUGUUACUAGUGCCACCUUGCCUACGGCUUCUUCCCCACAGCCAUCAUCUACAGGGCCAAAAUCACCGUCACCAUUGCCAGCUCCACUAGUGUCUGGACCUCUACAGAGUCCGGUUGGACUUAACCCCUUUGCAUUAUCAGCCCUACAGCUGAAGCCUGGAAUUCAUCUAAUGGGACUCUCCUUUUGUGGAUGGUCUUCAGGAAUGUUGUCUCAGAAUGUACCCUUCACUAGCUCUCCAGUGCCAUCUAGUCUGAGUUCUGGAUUCGGAGUUUCAGAAGCAAAUGGCAAUCCAUUCUUGGCACCUAGUGUUUCCACAAGUAAAAGUGAAUCUCCAGUACCUCAGAAUGACAAAUUCCUGUCUGCCCCUUCUCCAGCCCUGGAAGUAGCAAAGCCUGUGGAUUAUCACAGUCCAAGACCCAUUCCAGAAGAAAUGCAAACUGGAUGGUGGCGAAUAACUGAUUCAGAAGAACUGAAAGCCCUUGUUAAAGGUUUACAUUUCAGAGGAAUAAGAGAAAAAGCACUGCAGAAGCAAAUUCAGAAGCAUAUGGAUUACAUCUGUCAAGCCUGUGCCAAGAACAAAGAUGUCCCUAUCAUUGAAAUAAAUGACAAUGAAGAAAACCUCGUAACUCAGGAAACUCUGGACAGCUGGUGUGUAGAAGAACAAGCCAUGGAAAUGGACAUAGCCAUUCUGCAACAAGUAGAGGAGCUAGAAAGAAGAGUCGCUUCAGCCAGUCUACAAGUAAAGGGCUGGAUCUAUCCUGAACCACAUUCAGAGAGGGAAGACUUGGUCUACUUUGAACAUAAGCCAUUCACUCAUUUGAGGAAAGAAGAGCAAGUAGGGGGACAAGAAGACGACUGCAGUGAUGGCACCAUUGUGCGGCGUAUCAACAACCCUCUAGAUAUAGCUGUAACCAGGCUGGCUGAAUUGGAGAGGAACAUAGAGAGAAGGUAUCUGAAGAGCCCCUUAAGUACCACCAUUCAGAUCAAACUGGAUAAUGUGGGCACAGUCACUGUCCCUGCUCCUGCACCAUCAAGUAGUGGUGAUGGUGACGGAGGUGAAGAGGACAUUGCCCCCGGCCUGAAAGUGUGGAGGAAGGCUCUAAGUGAAGCCCGCAGUGCUGCUCAGGUGGCCCUUUGUAUUCAGCAGUUACAGAAAUCAAUCGCUUGGGAAAAAUCAAUCAUGAAAGUUUACUGCCAAAUUUGCCGAAAGGGAGAUAAUGAGGAACUCCUCUUGCUUUGUGAUGGUUGUGACAAAGGAUGUCAUACUUACUGCCAUAGACCCAAGAUCACCACAAUACCUGAGGGUGACUGGUUUUGUCCUGCCUGCAUUGCGAAGGCAAGUGGCCAGUCUCCAAAAAAUAAAAAACUGCAGAAUCGUUCUGGGAAGAAAAACAGUGAAGCUAAAAAAAGUAAGAGUAAAUCUGGAACUGGAGAUGUCUCAGAAGAUGACUCUGCAAGUACUAGCAGCACUCCAAAGAAACGAGUAAAGGAUCCAAAAAAGCGGAAAGGAGACGAAGUCACAUCUUCAAGUCAAACUAAGCAAGAUGGAUCAUCUUGUCAAAAGAAAUCUAAGCCAGCAAAAGACAAUAGCAAGGAUCUGGCUUUAUGCAGCAUUAUUAUGUCUGAGCUGGAAACUCAUGAAGACGCAUGGCCAUUUUUGCUUCCGGUUAAUUUGAAGCUUGUGCCUGGGUAUAAAAAAGUCAUUAAAAAACCAAUGGAUUUUUCGACUAUUCGAGAGAAACUUGAUAGUAGCCAGUAUCUGAAUCUUGAAGCUUUUAUGGUGGACGUCAGAUUAGUUUUUGACAAUUGUGAAAUUUUCAACGAAGACGAUUCUGACAUAGGCAGAGCGGGUCAUAACAUGAGAAGAUUUUUUGAGAGACGGUGGUCUGAACUUUUCAAAACAAGUUAAGUUUCCUGGCACAUUGACUGUCUGGGACCAGCUUGCUACAUGUUGAACUUCAAGACAGAGCACUUGAUACAAUAUUAUGUUGUCAAGGAAAACAAAAACUGUUAAAUCAUCAUUUUUCACAAACCAGGGUUAUUGAAUUUACAGUAUAUUUGAAUCUCUUCUGUACAGGUUUGGUUAGAACAGGGAAACAACACCCAAAGAGUUCCAGAUAAAAGGGUGUGAUAGUGCAAUACCAUUUAAUAUUAAAGAAACCGCACUGAAAUUACAACCAUCAGAGCUGUAAUGGGGAAAGGCAGCUUUCUCUGUUUGUAAAUAGUAUUUUUUUUACUUUGCAGUUAAUAUUAUAGUGAAUGUAUUUAAUUUUUGUUAAUUAUUUAUGACUAAAGGAAAGGUCCAGUCUUCAUUUUCUAUGAAAAGGAAGAAACAGCAAAAACUGCUUUAAAAUGUAAAAACAAGGAAUGUUUUUCAAAAAUAAAAACAAAGCCAAGAAAUAAUUGUUUACACUGUUCUGUGUCAUAAGGCACUAGAGAAUUACAGUAAUUUCUGUAAAGCUGCAUUUAUAUAUUUGUUUUUGCAUCACUUAGUUGCAAAGGAACAGUGAAGCAACAGUAACACUUGUAUAUACUGUUCAUUAUUGUUAAUAUUAAGUCUUGUUUGGAAUAUGUAUGAUGUGUACAUAUUGUUUUCAGACAUUGAAUAUUGUUUAUGCCUUAGAAUGAUUGUAGCAUUUUAUUUUAGUCUUAAAGUGAUUAUACAUAUAUUGCUUGUACAGUACAUAUCCUCUGCAAACACUGUGGUUUCCUUAAUCUUGGUAGUGCCUGCCUUUUCAACAGGGUGUAGGGGAUAUUAUUAUUUCCCAUUUUUCUAUUUUUUUAUAUAAUUUUGACCCUCCCAGGCCUUGAUUUCCAACAUAAUCAUUUUUAUUCAUGUGAAAUAUAUUACAGCACACAGUAUUUUUCAUAAAAGCAUUUCCCUCCAUCUGCCUUGCCACAGAACUGAGGACACAAAGGACAUUUGUAACCACUGUGUUUGAACCACUGUGUGUUGUGGCCUACUGGAAGCAGCUAGAGCAGAUUUUUUGUACCUAAGUCAGAGUACUUGAAGUUAUUUUAUUUAAAAAAAAAAACUAUUGUGAAAAACAGGUAGCAUUCUUUUUGUAGAAGCAUUAUUUUUCACUAGUGUGUGUGGCACGGAUAUAAUAAAAUGAUGUUUUUUUCAA